AUGAGUGUUAAUAAUACACUCACAAAUACAAGUACAAGCGAGGCUGUCGUAGCUAACAAUCGUUCUAUUAAACUUGCAAUUUUAUUACCUUGUCAAGUAUUAUCAAUCAUAUGUUCUCUAUUUGUAUUUACCAAUAUCGUGUAUCGAUCAUCAAAAUUAAUAAAACCAAUUGGAAAUCAUUUUAUUCUUGCAUUAUUAAUGACAAGUUUUGUUCAAGUAACAACUGAAUUAUCCAUGGUAGAAAAUUAUUUAGAUACUGGUGUUGUACGACCAUCAACAUAUGGUUAUUGUUUAUUUUUUAAUUGGUAUGAAUUUUCAUUAAAUGGUAUUAGUUUAUUUGUUAUGCUUUGGGCAUCUAUUGAACGUCAUAUUAUGAUUUUUUCUCAGGCUACUUUUCAAAUUCACUGGAAACGUAUUGCUUUUCAUUAUAUACCACUUAGUAUAGCAAUAUUAUACACACCACUAUGCUAUGCUUGUUUAAUUUAUAUACAUAGCUGUUUUAAUAAUUGGAAUUAUAAUGAAUUAUUAUGUACGGCACCAUGUUUUUAUCAAAAUAAAAUUCUGGGUAUUGGAGAUUGGUUAGUUAAUAUAAUCAUACCAGCUUUUGCAAUUGCUUUUGCAAAUCUUUUACUAAUUAUUCGAGUUAUAUAUCGUUCAACUGGAAUAAGACAUAAUGCUGAACGAACAAAAAAGAAUCGAAAAAUGACCAUACAAUUACUUGCAAUUUCAUCACUUUUUCUUGUAUUUUGGUUACCAAUUGCAGUUACGGGUUUAAUUCAACAAUUUUUCUCUCCAACAUUUCUGAUUGAUGUUCAAUUUAAUAUCUUCUUCUAUUUAAUUUAUUUUAUUCAAUUAUUUUUGCCUUUUGUUUGCUUAAUUUCUUUACCAGAAUUGAAAAAAGUUAUAAUUUUGAAAAUUAGACGAUGGACACAUAGAAAUAUGGUUGGUGAUACAACAGCUUUACAAGUCGCAUCUGUUGUUCCAACAUUAUUAAAUUAA